CAGGAACACAACUGCCUCCGGAGCCUGCAAAGACCCUCAGAAGACAGAGGAGCUCCUUUCCCUUGCUGCAGAGCUCCCGAGGAGCGUCUGGUCUUCGCCCUGGUCCUCAGAUGCUGGUUAGGAAGAUCUGACUCACCCAGGAAGAACCAAGAGCCUCGGAGACACCGCUCUGGGACAGCUCCCGGUGGUAUUCAUGGCACCACCUGCCUGGACGGAGACCACCGUGGGGGCUCUGGGUGAGAAUACCACAGACGCUUCCACCAACUUCCUUUCUGCAUUUGAUGCCCACGGAGCCCAAGCUGCUUCCUUCCCGUUCACUUUCAGCUAUGGUGACUAUGACAUGCCCUCGGAUGAAGAGGAGGAUGUGACCAAGUCUCGGACUUUCUUUGCUGCCAAGAUUGUCAUUGGCAUGGCUUUGGUGGGUAUCAUGCUGGUGUGUGGCAUUGGCAACUUCAUCUUUAUCAUUACCCUGGCCCGCUACAAAAAGCUUCGCAAUCUCACCAACCUCCUUAUUGCCAACCUGGCCAUCUCGGAUUUCCUAGUGGCCAUCGUGUGCUGCCCCUUUGAGAUGGACUACUAUGUGGUGCGUCAGCUCUCCUGGGAGCACGGUCAUGUCCUGUGUGCCUCUGUCAACUACCUGCGUACUGUCUCCCUCUAUGUCUCCACUAAUGCCCUGCUGGCCAUUGCCAUUGACAGGUACCUGGCCAUAGUGCACCCGCUGAGACCGCGAAUGAAGUGUCAAACAGCUGCGGGCCUCAUCUUCCUGGUGUGGUCCGUGUCCAUCCUCAUCGCCAUCCCUGCUGCCUACUUCACCACGGAGACCGUGCUGGUCAUCGUGGAGAGUCAGGAGAAGAUCUUCUGUGGCCAGAUCUGGCCAGUAGACCAGCAGUUCUACUACAGGUCCUACUUCCUCUUGAUCUUCGGCCUUGAGUUCGUGGGCCCUGUGGUCGCCAUGACCCUGUGCUAUGCCAGGGUGUCCCGGGAGCUCUGGUUCAAGGCGAUGCCUGGCUUCCAGACGGAGCAGAUCCGCCGGAGGCUGCGCUGCCGCCGCAGGACCGUGCUGGGGCUCGUGUGCGUCCUCUCAGCCUAUGUCCUAUGCUGGGCGCCCUUCUACGGCUUCACUAUCGUACGUGACUUCUUCCCCUCCGUGUUUGUGAAGGAGAAGCACUACCUCACCGCCUUCUAUGUGGUGGAGUGCAUCGCCAUGAGCAACAGCAUGAUCAACACGCUGUGCUUCGUGUCGGUCAGGAACAACACCAGUAAGUACCUCAAGAGGAUCCUGCGGCUCCGGUGGAGGGCUUCUCCCAGCGGGAACAAGGCCAGCGCUGACCUGGACCUCAGGACCACAGGGAUGCCUGCCACUGAGGAAGUGGACUGCAUCAGACUGAAAUAAGCAAAAUGGCACCACAGUGCCUGAAUGCUCACAGCAACGAUAAACUCGUUUUUCUGCAAACACAGAGGAAAGCGACACACUGUUCAAGAAGUACUGAAGUGUAGCAUUUCUGAAGUGGAUAUUUGAGACACUGUCCCCAGUGGUCAGUGUUCAUGGAAUACCUAAUUUUUGCAAAGAGUAGACACCAGUGAAAAUCAUUUAUUUGACAAAAUGUCGUGGGGAUUAUAGCAAGGAAAUGUGGUACAGAGUGUGUGGAAGAGAGAGUGUCCAGAUAGAAGCAGAACAGGCUCUGUAGAGCUCCCCUGGGCCACACUGGGCCUUGCUCACCUCUAGCAGAACUCUUGGGCUUUCUUUCCCAUCUAGCAUUAGCAAGCCUGGAGCAAGAGCAGCAGCAGAGGUUCUCAGCUCCUCCUGGAGUCAUUCUCUGCCCACCCCAGAGCCCGAUCGCCACUGGGAAUCCAAUGCACGUGUGGAUACGCCAGGACCCACAGCCAAGUUCUGAUGACCAUCGACAGCCACUUCUUAGGACUAUGGCUCUGCAUCAGACAGUGGGGUCUUCUGGGGAGAAAAGACCUGGGAGAGAAGCCACACGGACUCUGGGUGCCAUUUGGGGUUCUGAGUCACAUAGAGAGGGGAAGUCUGAGCUCACGAGAACACGGUUCCCUCAUGGCAUGGUCUAGGUCUAUUUGCUGCAGGGAGAAAGGAGGUGAAGAAGGGGAGUCAGCUGGGACCUCUCACAGUGUAUGCAGGCUAACAGAUGCUGCGGCUCCAUCUCUCAGCUACUAUGGUCUGGACCACUAUGCUUCCCCUUGAGUCCUGGGCUUAUGGAGCAUAGAGACCUUGAAGGUCAGCAUCACUUUCCCAUUCUCUCCAGCUCUCAAACGCGAGGGGUUUCAGUUCAACAAGCCCGUUUGAUGAGGUUGCCAGAGUGGUAUAACUGGGAGAAAGAUUUCUUAGUCACUGUGCCUGACUCUUGGCCUGGUCAUGAUUCUGGGGAUUAAGAUUUGCUCUCUUUUAAAACGAAGGUGACCUGGGAGAAAUCACCACCUCUCUACUCUUCGGUGUGAAUGAAGGCUUGCAUGUCAGUGGCACAGCCUGAACGCUCAAGAAAAAGAGGUUGGCCCAACAGGGGGCUCUAGUGGCCCCACAGACUUAUAAAAGUUUUACCCGUUUGGUAACGUGCCUCCUUAGAGGCCCAGCUUUGAUUGGGUUGUCUACACAGGCCUGAGAUGAGCCUUCUGAAGACAAGGGUAAUACUUAAGAAACUUUUUUGGAUUGUUUCAAAAUCAAUCAGAUAAUAUGUGGACGAUAUGCUUUUAACUAUUUGAAUAGAAAAUAACAACUGCCAUUACCGCCAUCACUGCCGCCACAUCACCGCCAUCAUCACCACCACCACCAUCGCCACCACCACUGCAGUGAACUUAGCAACUGUGUGGUUCAUGGACAAAGGAAAACUUGUAUAUAUAUAUAUCUUGUUUAUAGAUCCAUUGGCCUCACCAACAUCUCCCCUCCAUGUUCUUCACGUGCAUUAUUUUCUUAUGCCAUCCCAACCAGUGACGCAAACGACCAUGAGCUUUCAAGGCGGAUACACAAAGGGAGUGGUGCACGGUCCCCAGUCAGGAGAGAAGCACGAGGUUUUGUAGACCCCAGGUCAGAGCAUCCUUGCUGUCAAGUAGACUUCCCACACGUCCUCCCAGAAUCAGAGCAUCCUCAUAGACCAUCCUCCCGCAUGUUCCCAGUCAGCAUGAACAGCGUCUUUCAGACUGCUUUUGUUCUUAUGAAUGUGCAGAGCCGUGGAGUGGCCGUGUCCCUUUCCGCAGAUUUCAUUAUAGGGUAGGAUACCUGUGUGUGUUUUCUCUCCAAAUAUAGGCAACUCUAUUUUUGACCACAAAACUUUUUUAUUGUCUAUUUCCCCAGAAAAUAUGUUUUAAAGACCCAUUUAUUUAUUCUCAUUCUGUUCCCAGCAGAUUUACCUUACUUUAAAUCAGAAUUCUCUCAUGGAUGAAAAUUCAUUAAAGUACAAACCUAAGCCACAUACAGAGGGGAAAAAACUAUUUCUAUUUUAAACUUUAUUACAAAAAUGCAAAAAAAAGAAAGAAAAGAAAAUUACCAAAAUUGACUAGACCCAAAGACUCUUAUUUUUUUUUUAGAUUAAAGCCACAUAUUACAUUACAAAAUGACUAAGUUAAUUUGGGGAUUUAGAAAUGCUUAGAUGGUAUAAUUUAUUGGGAUUUUGUUCCUUGUUCCUACUACCAAGGUUAAACAUGAGCUGACUCUGUUAAAUAGUUGCUUUUAAUUUAUGGCAUACGAACUCUUCUGCCUUUCAAAAUGUCCCUUACACACCUGUCUGUGAUAAUCCAGAUCCAAUGGUUGCGCUUGAUUUCAUGGUGGGUGGCUGUUGUCAAAUGGAAUCCCAAUAGAUGUACACAUAUGCUCGCUGACCACGCUGUGCCUGUCAUUUCUUCCGCCCCCAUGCUCUUCUCAGCUCUAAUAUGACGGUCUCUGAGAUAA